AUGUCUUCGCUAGGUAUCAAUCUAAGACCUAGAAAGAGAUCGUCUGUUUCAUUGCCUCGUUUCCAGACACCAGAGUUAGAUCUCGCCGAAUCUGAUAACGACGUUUCUUCGUCUGCUAUUGAAGAGUCCCCUGCAUCGUCUUCGUCUGCAUUAGCAUCAGCAUCGGAAUCACUACAUUCAACUAGUAAAUCAAAAACAAACCAAGCCAUGUCGUCAUCUUCAGACCAUUUAGAUCCUGAAAAUGGCCAUUAUCUUGAUUACGACCGGAAAAUCCACCACAAUCGUAAUAGAUCCUCAUUUUCAUACUCUUAUCCAUCCAACGAUGGAAGUGGCUCAUGGAGUAUGAAAUCAAAAACAGUUUCGUUUGAUACUGAUAAGGCCACCACCUAUGUAGGUAUCCUUGCCUUUUGUCUACUUACAUUGUACAUCAUUUCUGGUUUAAUAUCUUCUAAUCCAAAUGGUUAUGUACCAAUUAUCGCCGAUUCGGCUCAUGUCGAGCUAACAAAUGAUCCUAUAAUCAUCCCCAAAAUGAACGAUUUGGCUCUGUUCAAAAGUCGAGGUGUACCAAAGCGUGCUCCUAAUGAUAAUGCUAAAGAAGUCAAGGAAAAGCCUGGUAGUAGUGUUAGUAAUGCUCAUGGUGGAGCUGCUGCCCCUGGCUCGGGACCUGGCUCGACCACUUCGUUUGUGUUCGACGGUGGUAAGCAUGGCCCUUCUCCAUCAGUAGUUGUAGUUAUGGGAAUUGACUACGAGAAAUACAAGCCUGACUACUUGACAAAAAUCAUCGAAAACCGUGUCGAGUACGCCAAAGCUCAUGGCUAUGGAACUUAUAUGAGAUUUGUACAAGAGUUCAAAUCUCACUAUAGUGACUCAUCUUCUUCCAGUUCUUCAUGGGCCAAGCUCGAUAUUAUGAGAGCGGCUUUCCUGGCGUUUCCAAAAGCAAAAUACUUUUGGUAUAUUGAUCAGUCCGCAUUAAUUAUGAAUCCUCUGAUUGAUAUCGAACAAGAAUUUAUUUCAUCCAAGGAGCUUGAGAAUAAAAUGUUGAAGGGAAUUCCAGUUGUUAAGUCGGCUGACUUUAUCAAAACAUAUAAGUUUACCAAGCCUGAAGAUAUAAAAAUGGUCAUCAGCCAGGAUACUGUUGGUCUUAAUCCGGCGUCAUUUAUCAUACACAACUCCGACUAUGGAAUCAGUCUGCUGGAGUUUUGGGGGGACCAGCUUUACCGUACUUAUGGCCAAUUCACAGAGUCUGAGGCAUCGGCGCUUAAUCAUCUUACCCAAUGGCACCCAUGCUUUUUGUCAAAAUUGGCCGUAGUCCCCGCCAAAUACCUCUGCUCAUACCCACCCACUUCGCCCCUCGUCAAGAAGGAUCCUACUCUGGCGUAUACGGACGGUGACUUUGUGGUCCAACUGGACUGUGACCCUCAUGUCAAGACCUGUAAUGACGUCUUCCAGCGAUUCUGGAAUGGCCGUGGCCGUGUAAACCUUUGA